AUGAAGAGAGUCAACAUAUUCCAAUUGUCUUCGUCGGCACUAUUCAAAGGUGAUGAUAAGCCACUAGAGGUGGCGACAUCUAAAGUGCAUCAACCCAAUCAAUCAUUCCAUUCUUUAAAGGAUGAUAACAACAAGCAGUCGUCCACUGCAGCAACACCAGCAGCAACAACUGACACGACGGUGACAACACCAGUUGUCGUACAGCCACCAACAUCAUCUUCAGAGUUUGAUCAUGUGUGCAAUAGUUGUGCUCAGCGCUUCAAUGAUAGAGAGCUGAGGAACACUCAUUACCGUUCCCCAUUCCACAGAUACAAUCUGAGAUUGAGGAUGGCCAACAUGCCGCCCGUCUCGCCAGCGGACUUUGCCACGAUGUUGCGCGAAGCCGCAUCGGCACCCGACAACUCUGACGACAGCUCGGACGACAGCUCAAGCGAUGAGGACGACGACGAGCGUCUGUACAAGAAGAUCACAAAGGAUGGCCAGAUAGAGACGCGCGAUGGCACUGACGCGUCGGGACAGAACUACUUGUUCUACGAUCAGCAGGAGCCACUGUCUCCAAAGCUCAGCUUCAUCCAGCGUGACCUCAAGCUUCAGUUCACCAUUUGGCGAUGCAUACUCACCGGCGCGUCACCAAAGGAUCAGCGCGUCAUGGAGGACCCUCAGCUGAUCAAACAGUUCUAUGAUAUCUGCAAGACCACGACUUCAAAGUGGGCCGUGCUCCUGUGCUCAGGUGGACGUUUCAGUGGCGCGAUAUACACUGCCCCAACGGGCAAAGCCAUCGAGCACAAGACUCUGCAUCGAUACACAGUGCGCAAGGGACAGGGUGGCUCACAGGCCAAGAAGGAUCAGGAGGGUGGCUGCGCAGGAUCAGCAGGAUCACGUCUGCGUCGAUACAAUGAGAAGCGUAUCAGAGAGGAGGUGCUCGCCAUCCUCAAGGGAUGGCAGGGACACCUCAAGGAAUGCUUCAAGAUAUUCAUCUUUGCGCCAAGAGGUCUGACGCGUGACAUCAUCUUGCCGCCAGACCACAGCGGCCCCAUUGCGCCAAAUGAUCCACGUGUUCAAGUCCUCCCCUUCCCCAUCAUCCGUCCAACAUACGCAGAGAACCAGCGCGUAUCUUCACAGCUCUUCACCGUGGACAUUGACCUGUUUGAGGAACUGCCAAUCACAACUUCAAUCCCAUCCGCAGGUGAUCAGCAACAGCAGCAGGAUGAGCAAGAGCAGCAAGAGAUAAAGAAGCGCAAGGAGUUGCAGCGACAGGUGGAGAAGACGAGCAACAUCACCAAGCGCGAGAAGACAGCUUAUGAGACAGAUCCACUGUUUGAGGCGACGAGAAAGAGAGACAUUGUGACUGUCAAGAGGUUGUUGGAAGAGGACGAGUCUUACGAGUUGCCCAUUCCAACCAAUCGCGAUUCAGUCCUCACGCCACUCUACAUUGCCGUCGAGCAAAAGGAUACCAAGAUGGUUGAGUACCUCGUCAAGGCGUUGCCAAGUGAUCUGGAUGUUUGUAUACCAUCAUGGAACUUUAGGACUGCACUGCAUAGAGCAGCCAAUGAUGGCAACCUGGAAUUGGUAAAGAUAUUGAUGGACGCAGGAGCUGAUCCAACGGUGGAGGGAUUCAGGAAGGAGACGGUGUACGAGUUGGCAAACAGUCAAAAGAUAAGGGACUUCUUGAGGGAGUGGGCAGGAGACAACCUGACAAAGUGGAACUAUCAAAAGGCACGCAUACCACCACUCACAAAGGAGAUGAUUGCAGAGCGCGAGGAGAACAAGAAGAAGAAGAAGAAGGAGCAAAAGGAGAAGGAGAAGAUCAAGAAGGCACAGGACAAGAUCAACAAGGAGGAAGAAGCACGUCGACAAAAGAUAGAGGACGAGGCAAAGACCGCCAAGUUGGCCGAGUUGAAACUGCUGGACCAAGUGACAAAGGAGCGACAGGCCAAGGACUCGAUGCUGACUGACCGCGAGCGACGUGCUCUGGCGGCCGAGCAGCGCUUUGGUGGCACAGGCUCAUCACUCAGACGUUGCACUCACUGCCAAAUGACCAUCAUGGGCACACCUUUCGAGAGAUUGACUUUCAACUACUGCUCCACGUCAUGCGUAGUGGCCCACAAGAAACAAAUGGAGACUCCAACCUCAUCCUCCAAGUGA